AUGGCUGGCCGACAGGAAUCCAUAAAUCUCGACAGUCUCAGCCCACAGCAGCUCAGCGCUGUCAAGAAGCAGCUGGACGAUGAGGUUGAGCACUUGACCUCAUCCUUUUCGCAGCUCGCAGCUGCCCAGGGCAAAUUCCGGGAGUGCUUGCGCUGUGUGCAGGGAAAGCCACGGGAAGCUGGGAAGAAAGUCCUUGUACCGUUGACAAAUUCCCUCUACGUCAGCGGCACGCUGUCUGAUCCGAACCGGGUCAUUGUCGAUGUCGGCACUGGAUUCUAUAUUGAAAAGGACAUCAAGAGCGCUGCACAGUUUUACGAGGACAAGAUAACCGAGCUUACUGGGAACAUCCAGGAGCUGGAGAUCAUCGUCCAGGGUAAAACAAACAACUUAAGAGUUGUAGAAGAAGUUUUACGGCAAAAGGUCCUCGCAAGUCCGCCUGCGGCAUGA